GAGUGACUCCAUGCGACAUAUAAUUCUUGUUUCUUUUCACUGUUGGCCUUGAAUGAUCUGAUUACAUACUCAUCUCUACUCUACAUCUCAAUCAUUCCAGCUCAGCUCAGCUCAGCUACAGCUAUAGCUAGAAGCUCCCCCUCAGCUGCCCCUCACCUCACCUCAUCUCACUUCACUCCUCCAUCUUCACAACGUACGUCAUGGCUUCAGAACUCGCAACCCGCAUCGGCGACCUCAACCCCUUCUCCUCAAAAAACCGCCGCAUCGACGAUGAAGACUUUGGCGAAGAGAUCGACAACAACACCGUUGCGGGCGGCGGCCACAGCGCACGUCGCGUGGUAACAGACCUCAGAGUCAGCAGCGCCCUACGAGAGUUCCUCGUCAAAGAGAAGAUGCUCUCCAAAAAGGAAGCCAAGAUUGAGUCUGAGGACUCGUCGCGUGAGCUUCUGGAACUCGUUAGCAAACCGCAUAUUCGCGUACCGGCUGAACUCACGGAUAGGUCGCAUCCGCUGCCGGAGUACUUUAUUAGCUCGAGCCAUAAUACUUAUCUUAUGGCGCAUCAGCUUUAUGGCUCUUCGUGUGCGACUGCGUAUGAGAGUGCGAUUAGGACGGGGGCGAGAUGUGUUGAGAUUGAUGCGUGGGAUAACAGCGAUGAUAGAGACGAGCCCAAGGUCACUCAUGGGUAUACUCUAGUAUCCCACAUUUCGUUUCGUCUGGUUUGUGAGACGAUUCGAAACUCGGCGGAUCAAGAAGCAGUUGAUGCGCAAAAGUAUGGCUUCAGAGCUUCGCCUAUUCUUCUGUCGCUGGAGAACCACUGCGACCCUUACGGGCAGAUGCGUCUUGUCAAUAUUAUGCAGGAUGUUUUUGGAGAUCGACUUUUGAGCAAGGCUGUUAGACAUAUCGGCCAUGAAGAACAAGCUGGUUCAGAUCAACAUGUGAAGCUUGAGGAUCUGGGUGCGAAGAUUGCUGUUAUUGUUGAGUAUCACUUCACGGAUGAGCCUUCUAGCAGUGACAGCAGCUCGGAUGACUCAGAGGACGAAGAGGAGGAAAAGGCUGCGCGAAAGGAGUAUAAGGAUAAGAGAAAGAAGGAGGAGCCCUCUAUCAUCAUUCCUGAGCUCGCUGAGCUGGGUGUCUAUGCGCAGUCUGUCAAGCCAAUGGACAACUCGUGGUUCGAAGAGGGAUCUCUCGCCAACGGCCCUCAUCACCAUCUUAUCAACGUAUCUGAAUCAGGGCUGGCAUCUCAUCUCCCAGAGCACGCAACACACAUCGCGCGACACAACGCCCACCAUCUCAUGCGCGUUUAUCCCAAGGGCACGCGAAUCUCAUCCACUAAUCUAAAGCCCGUUCCUUAUUGGGGUAUCGGAGCUCAAAUCUGUGCUUUGAAUUUGCAAAACUUUGGUACCAGCAACCAACUCAACGAAGCUCUCUUCAGUGGUACAGACGGUUACGUUCUCAAGCCCGCUGCUCUGCGCGCCGGUGGAAACGGAAGAUUGAGUACAGGUCGCAGCAAGCGUCUUCGUCUUCACGUCGCAGGUGCAACAGAUAUCCCCCUGCACGGCGAUUCAGAAGCAGACUCCAUCAAGCCGUAUCUCACAUGCACGCUGUACCACCCUGAUAACAUCAAAGGCGACCCUCCUAAGCGCAAGACAGAGCCGUACAAGCAGCACAAGCUUGAAUUUCUUCACAGAGGACCAAAUCCGCCCCCAACAGAGCCUCUUUGGGAUGAGACUCUAACGUGGGAGUAUGAGGAUAAUGAGUUGACUUUCCUGCGUAUGCUUAUCAAGAGCGAUGAUAGUUGGACGAGGAACCCGAUGUUUGCUGUUGCGGCGGUGAGAUUACUUUAUGUUGAGCCUGGAUGGAGAUUUAUUCGCAUGCUGGAUCUCAAGGGGCAUGAGACGCAGUGUUCGGUUCUUGUGAACUUUGAGAUCAUUGAUGCCUAGGUGGAGGAUUAUGAGUAUAUGAUGAGAUGUUUAUGGAUUAUGCGAUUUCUUUGUUGAGUUUACGUUUGAUGUGGACUGAGUGAUAGUCUUGCUUUCGGCAUGCAUUCGUUCGAGAUAUACCUCAGCCAUAGAAUGAGUGAUUACAAUCUUUGCUUCCUCUGAAUGAAAACAGCUUUGAAAGAGACUCUACAUGAGAGUCCUGGAGUAGAUUUCGUCGUGCUAUCUCUCAAUCUAUAGUG